AUGGACACCAACGGUAAAACUGCUUACGCCGAAUACAACAUGUUUGCUGUUCCCAGUGAGAAGAAUAAAUACAAGCUGAGCGUUGGAACUUACUCAGGUAACCUCAGUGAUACUAAAGAAUUCUGUUGCUGUGAGAACUUGCAGUAUUCAUUGACUAAACUUGAAACAGCACUAUCAACCAUGUCUUAAUAAAGCAAAUUGGAAUCCCUUGAGUAUUCGCUAACAGAUAUACAAUAUAGUAGUAGGGCUUUUUUUGUAAUUUUUUAAAUUAAUUGCAUAGCACCAUGGGAAAAAUUUCCUCCGCGGCCUUGACAACUUCACAUUCUUCAGGAACUGCGGGCGAUUCUCUUUCUAUUCAUCGUGGCCAGACCUUAGCAACCAAAGACAAGGACAGAAAUCGCUGUGCUGUGACCUACAAAGGAGUCUGGUAUUACGAUGGCUGUCAUCGCUCCGACUUGAAUGGACUGUACCAUAACGGAGCGCACUCAUCUUAUACCGACGGAGUCAACUGGUAUGACUGA